AUGGAUCUUAACGCGGAGUUGGAUGACUUCGCUGGAGAUAAUAAUUUGACCGUUAACCAAGUGCUGGGUUUCUUAUUGUAUCAACGUAACUAUCAGGAUAACAAGAAAUUUGCAGCACUUGGUAAAGAAUUAUAUGAAACGAAAAAUAUUGAGGAUAGUAAACGCUCACUAGAUUUGGACAAAAUUUUAGGUUUGAAAAAUCAUUUGGACAUGUCUGUUAAUCACAUGAAUUUUUGCAAAAGGUUUUUAAGUCCAUACCACAGUAUUCCAAAUGAAAAGUACAUCAGAGCGUAUUCUAACACUAUCUUACCAGAAACAUGUGUCUGGAAAACGGCACCUGAUUACGAACCAACUAGUGUCUUCAUUUCAUCUCGUGAAGAUGUCGUGUGUUUGACAGUCAAAAGACUUGUUGAAAUGUUACAGAAAUAG